UUCUGUUGGUAGGAGUUUGUGAGUCUGUGUUUGCUGGGCUGCAUUGCCUUCGCGUGUGUGCACAAGCCCAAGUGGUUUGUGGUUAGCCGAGAGUUUCAGGGUGUAGUUCAAAGAAAUGUGGCUUGGGACUUUGCGGAGCGCAUGCAUGCUUGUUUCGGCACUGUCCUUACUUGUUGUGUUAGCUUAGCUCACUUUUGUUGACAGCCUCUUGCUUUCUGUGUGACGACAGGUCACAUCAGGCUUUCCGCGGGUCGAGUGGAGCCACCGUGCGAUGCCCUGCAGAGGAUGGUGUGUUGGGCCCAAGAUGGCGUCGCACUGAGGCCAACAUGCUUGUGAGACAGCAACUUUGACAACAGUUGAAUCAUGGGAAACGUGGAGAGUCAAAAUGGAGAGAGCGGCUUCAUCUGCAACUCAACAGGACACCUGUCCCGUAAACACACCUCCCGCUCCCUCCGUCUCUCCGGCAAGCAGCCAAUCACACGCCGCACCCGGCUGUCCACGUCAGCCAAGCAGCAGCAUCGCAACUCGGAAGCGUCCACGCGUUCCUCUAGCACUCCCAGCAUCCCCCAGUCGCUGGCCGAGAGCGGCCUGGAGCCGUUCGAUGCCACUGAUGGACUGGCGGACUUUGGCGUCAACCCCCACUGGACGCAGCGCGUGGCCAUGACAAUGAGGCCCGAGUCCUUCCAGCAGGAUGACGAUACCUUGGCCACGCCCACCCCUGAGACGUCUGAGGCGGACACCCUGGCCCACGACGGCGGCGAGGACUCCGCGGGGGAGGGGGAGUCAGGCGAGACGGCGUUCCUUCAGCAGACCAAUGACAGCUCCAGUUUUAUGAAGAAGCGCUCAAAGUCCGCCGACAUGUGGCGGGAUGACAGUCUGGAGUUUUCUUUGUCGGAUCUCAGCCAGGGUCACCUGACCAGCACUGAGGAGAUGAUGGAUGGCGGUGAGGAAGAAGAGGAGGAAGAGCACUUCAAACGGCCCAGAGGCUCUGCAGGUGCAGCAGAGAGGGCCUCGUCUCUGGACCACCUGUGCAGUCAUCAGAGUCCAGGCCUCAGGGGCCAAAGGGUCCGUCCUGACAAAGCGCACAGAGAUGUCCAGCACGACAGGGACGCAGAGGCGGUGCUGAUGUCCCCUGGUGAGGACGACAGCAGUGCCUACGGAGCCUUCACACUCCCCUGCCGACGCUCGCACUGCCUCUCCGAGGGCCUGGCCGGGGUCAGAGGCGUUGCACCUGGGCCAUGUCCCGUUUUUCAGGGACGCCGUGCACAAACCACUCAGGAUAUCUCCACUGUCCUGGGAGAGGGAAGCGAGUACGGCGACAGCGGUAUCGACGGCGUGGCCGCCGAGACGGACAUGGACGGUGAGCCAUUAUCUCGCCGAUGCAAGGCCAUGUCGGCGUCCUUCGCCGUAUACUCGGCCACAGAGAGCGUGGUCUUCAACGGCAGCGACAGCGGUAGCAGCAGCGCCGGCGGGGCGGAGGCACGCGGGGGCGUCUACGAGAACUUCCGAAAGGAACUGGACAAUCAAGUCUGGGCACGUCAAGGUCGGGACUGCCUGGAGGAGGCGGGCUCGGCAGUGAGCGAUGAGCAGAGCAGCAGCACGCUCAGCAGCGCCUAUCCCUCCGACUCUGCGACGGGCUGUGCUCACGGCACUGUCAGGAAGGCAGGUGCGCUGGCCGUGAAGAACUUCUUGGUCCACAAGAAGAGCAAGAAGGUGGAACCUGCCACCAGACGCAAGUGGAAACACUACUGGGUCUCUCUGAAAGGCUGCACUCUGUUCCUGUACGAGUCGGAUGGACGCUCAGGAAUCGACCACAACAGUGUUCCGAAACACGCUCUGUGGGCGGAGAACAGCAUCGUACAGGCAGUACCUGAACACCCCAAGAAGGAUUUUGUCUUCUGCCUCAGCAACUCUGCAGGAGACGCCUUCCUCUUCCAGACGUCGGGUCAGACAGAACUGGAGAACUGGAUCACGGCGAUCCACUCUGCGUGCGCAGCCGCCCUGGCCCGCCAGCACCACCGGGAGGACACAGUGCGCCUGCUGCGGACCGAGAUCCGUAAGCUGGAGCAGAAGAUUGACAUGGACGAGAAGAUGAAAAAGAUGGGGGACAUGCAACUGUCCACCGUCACCGACGGUAAAAAGAGGAAGACCAUCCUGGAGCAGAUCUUCCUGUGGGAGCAGAAUCUGGAGAGGUUCCACAUGGAUCUGUUCCGCUGUCGCUGCUACCUGGCCAGCCUGCAGGGCGGCGAGCCCCCCAACCCGAAACGCCUGCUGGGCUUUGCCUCGCGUCCCACAAAGCUGGCCAUGGGACGACUGGGAAUCUUCUCUGUGUCCUCCUUCCAUGCCCUGGUGUCUGCCCGCACCGAGGGUAGCGUGAAGAGGCGCAGUCAGGCCGUCCAUCGCACCUUCAGCAAGCGUCGCAGCCGCUUCUCCUCCUUGUGGGGGCUGGACACCACAUCACGCAGGAAGUCUAAGGGACAUCCCACAAUCAGCCAGGUGUUUGUUGACGGGAUGGAGUCACCCAAACCGCCCAUAGAGCAGACGUUUGAAGACUCCGCCAGUGAGAGAUCUAAGGACAGAGAGAGCUCAGUGAAGAGUCUUCCUCAGCUGACCCCGGACAACGACAUCUGGGUCUCCGAGAGCCUGGCCCCGUCCUGGGUGUGCCUGCCUAAUGACCAGCCUGUCCUGGCCAUCGUGCAUCCCGGCGACACGGCGCUGGAAGUCCUGAGCGAUGUGUGCAAGAAACACAAGCUGGAUGCUUCUGGUCACUAUCUGCGAUUGAAGGUCGACGUGGACGACCACACUCUCUUCUAUGUGCCCAAACCUGAGGAGGACAUCUAUGAUGUGCUCUACAAGGAGAUUGAGAUCUGCUCCAAGUCCACCAAGGUGAUCCAGUUCGACAGAGAGGAGUCCUGCAGCUUCGGAUACGGUUUCUGUGUGGCGGUUUUGGACGAGGACGGGACGCAGCAGCUUCACAUCACUGAAGUCAAAGCAGGAGGACUCGCUUCAGCCAAAGGUUUGCGAGUGGGUGAUGAGAUCCUGCUGCUGAACAGCAAGCCUGCCUCCGCCCUCCAAAUGGACGACAUGAGGGCGGCAUUUGCUCACCAGGCCUUGACCCUGAGCGUGGGCACCCUGCCCCGCCUCGACCCCUCCAUGCUGUGCUCGCUGCCGCCCCGCAGAUCCGAAGCUGAGCCUGGUCCAGUGACGGACAUCUUCUCCCAGAGCCAAGAGGACAUUCUGGACGAGGUGUCAGGGUUGACGGUGGAAGAGAGCUUGGACGAAGGACCUCUGAUGUCACCACAGAGUCCUGGAGAUCAACCUGAAGAGAAGAUAUGCGGCGGGGCGGGACAGAAGAACACGGCGCAGGUCGCCACUUUCUGCCGUGGCCUCCACGACGUCAACGCUCCCGACUGCCAGAUGUCGUCAUCAUCGUCGUCCUCGUCUCUCUCGCCGAGCCCUGUGUCAGCCCUGCCGCCCUCUUGUGGCACAGCGGCACAGAGGCAGCUGUCCGACGCUGACAAGCUCCGCAAGGUCAUCAACGAGCUGGUGGAGACGGAGAAGACCUACGUGAAAGACCUGAGUUGCCUAAUCGAGUGCUACUUGACACCACUACAGAAAGAGAGCUUCCUGACUCAGGAUGAGUUGGACGACCUGUUCGGUAACCUCGGCGAGAUGGUGGAGUUCCAGGUGGAGUUCCUGCGGACGCUGGAAGACGGUAUCAGAUUGGUGCCAAAUCUGGACAGACUGGAGCGGGUGGAGCAGUUUAAGAAAGUGCUCUUCUCCUUGGGUGGUUCCUUUCUUUAUUACGCCGAUCGCUUCAAAAUCUACAGCGCCUUCUGUGCCAGCCACACUAAGGUCCCCAAAGUACUGGCCAAAGCCAAAACCGAUCCAGAUUUCAAGGCCUUCCUGGCGGAGAGAAACCCCAAACAGCAGCAUUCGUCCACGUUGGAGUCCUACCUGAUCAAGCCUAUCCAGAGGGUUCUCAAGUACCCCUUGCUCCUCAGGGAGCUGUUUUCCCUCACUGACCCAGACAGCGAGGAGCACUACCACCUGGAUGUGGCCAUGACGGCCAUGAACAAAGUGGCUAGUCAUAUCAACGAGAUGCAAAAGCUUCACGAGGAGUACGGCGCUGUGUUUGACCAGCUCAUUAAUGACCAGACCUCACACAAAAAAGUGGCCGAUCUCUCCAUGGGGGAUCUGCUGCUUCAUUCCACUGUGGUGUGGAUCAACUCUCCAGCCUCUUUGGUCAAGGGCAAAAAGGACCCAGAAUUGGCUGCUUUUGUGUUUAAAACAGCGGUGGUGUUUGUGUACAAAGACUCCAAGCACAGGAAGAGAGGGGGUGGAUCUCACCGAGCAUCAGUUAGCGACGACAAGGAUCCCAUCCGCUUCCGUCACAUGAUCGCCACAGACUCCCUGCAAGUCCGCGCUUUAGCGAACUCUGAAGGCACUGCUAUGUGCGAGAUCGUUCACACCAGGUCGGAAUCGGAGGGACGACCUGAACGAACCUUCCAACUGUGCUGCAGUUCCCCAGACAGCAAGAAAGAGCUGCUGAAGGCGGUCCACUCCAUCCUCAGGGAGAAGCAGCGUCGGCAGCUUUUAAAGACCGAGUCUCUUCCUCUCAGCCAGCAGUACAUCCCUUUUGGGGGCAAGCGGCUGUGUGCCCUCAAGGGGGCGCGGCCUACCAUGAACAGAGCAGCUUCCGCUCCUUCCCGGACGCUGGCCCGCAGGAAGUUGGUCCGUAACCGCUUCACCAUCGACACAGACUUGGUUUUCCACGGCAACAACAACACCACCAAUGAGGACUGCGACCCCGCCCACCCGACGCCCCAUUAUGACCCGCCUCAUCCCCAGAAGCCGCACAGCGACGACACGGACCGCUGGGUGGAGGAACAGUUUGACCUCGCCCGCUACGAAGACCCGGCCAAGGUGAAGGAGACGGACAUCCUGAGCGACGACGACGAGUACUGUAAGUCCGUCAGGGCGGCGACAGCGGCGGCGGUGGAGGUCGAGCCUCACAACCUCCAGCUGGACGCCCUCACGAUACAUGGAGCGGAGGGGCGGAGCCAAGACAUGAAUGGACGAGUGCCAACAGGAGGCGGAAUCACACAGGACGACGCCGCCGAGCGAUUGUCUCGCUGCGCCACGCCCACUCUGAAGGUGGCCCCCCUCAAGCCGUGUGCAGCGGAGGGGGCCGCCAACCAGGACCACGACGUCAUUUGGGUGCGACGGGACGACUUUGGAUGUAAUAGCGAUGUCUUCUGACCGAAAGAACUCCCAACUCGUCUUCCCUCACAUGCUUUGACUGACUGACUUGGCUGUGUGUGUGUGUGUGUGUGUGUGGUGACACAGGAACACGUGGCCAGUUCAUUAGGUACACGUCGUGGCCCCACAGCAGUGCAACAGACGCCCUGCAACACUUUCUCCCUCCAUGAGGACCACAGUGAUGCUAGUUUCAUGUUCCAUCCAGUCAACACCAGAAACCCAUUGAUUCUUACUCAGGCAAGAUGGUACAGGGGUCAAAGGUUGCAUCCAGACACAUUUGUCACCUCUCCCAACUUUGAAAACCUAGCCUACUGAUUACAAAGGAUAGCCGCCAAAGUGAGGUCAAAGUUCCCCCUUCAGGGUCAUUUAAGGUUUUUAGCGUUUUAAUUGGAGCUUCAUGAAAAACCGAUCCAAGUAUUAUGAACACGGAGCACCUUGCCAAGCUGCCCAUCCAAAUGGAUUAGCGCUUCUCAUUUCAAAAAUCAUACCCCAUUAUUAUUAUUUUGGCUUCUUGCAAGUUUGUUGCUGGAGCAGGCCAAAAUCCAAAUGUACAAAAUGCUAUGUUUUCACGGCCCCAAAGUCUAUUUUUCCACCCAAAAUGUGUCGACUUGUAUUUUUGUGGCUCUCAGACUGUUUGUGUUUCAGCACUGGAAGCUUUAAAGAGCUUUUUUUCAUGCUUUUUAACUUGUAUUUAAAAGAAAAACUUCUGGAAGCUGACUUGAAAUGUUUUUUUUUUUUUUCUAAAAGCUAGCUUGUUAGGAUGCUUUUCUACCGUCGUCGUUUACAUUCUGCUCUCCAGUAUUCCCAACCCACUUUGGCGUUUCUAAAAUAUUUCAUUGCUAAUGCUAAUGCUAGCAUCUAUCAACUUCCUCGCCCUCCCUAAAAGAAAUCCUAAUUUACUUGAAGGACAUUCCUGAUAGUGACUGCACCUCCAAAGGACCAACCCUUGACCUUGUAUUCGUAUUUUAUUCGUCACAAAACAGGGACUAACGCUACUUGUAUCACCUGCAGUUCUUCCUCAUGUCCACCAGGCGGUGCUGUUUCACUGUCGCAUCUUGCACUAAUCAACAAACGAGACUGUCAGCUGCUCCUGUGUGGAUAAUGUUGGUGGACAAUAAGUUAGUUUUGAAUAAAUUUAGCAUUUUAGGGUUGUUUUUAGACCACUGUGAGACACAAUCACUGCCCCCUCCCCACAUGACUUGCUUUGUACUUGGAUGGCCGUGUUGAUACACGCUACAUGGAGUAUAAUCAUUUGUAUGGCAAAAUAAACUUUCUACAUUUGA